AAAAUAAAGGCAAGACCAGUUUAAUUAAGUUUUAGCGAGAAAUAUAGUUCAAAUAUCUUAUAUUUUAACAUCAAACAAACAUUGAUAAGUGUGUCUAUAAGUGUGUUUUGAAGAAUAUCUCAAAAACAGUCCGAAACAUGGAUAAUUUUACUAAGGGAUUAUUGGAACGUAAUGAAAAGAGAAAUAAGGCAUUAGGAAUAUCAUCUAAUCAGAGUUCUUUACUUGAAGAGAGUUCUUUCAUUGAUAAAGAAAAUAAAAGACAGGAUACAGUAAAAGUAUCGUCGCCAAGAAAAUCAGCACAAACAAGCCAAGUUACGCGCUAUAGUAACACGCCUAAAACAGUAUCAAGCAAGAAAGAGGAUGCAGAUGUUGCAGUCGAAAUAAAUAUCACAUCAUCGCAAAACAUCCAGGUUGAAGUAGAAGUGGCUGAAUGUGAGUACGACGAAGACGGUAAAAUGAUUAAGAAAGGAGAAUCGACAUUAAAUUCCUUAUCAAACUUUGACAAUUUUAAUAAUGCGGUUCAAUUACGAGAUCAUUCGCGAAAGAAUUUGAAACGACUUGGAAUUUUAUAUUCAGACAAUGAUCAAAUAUCAUCGCCGAUUCAACGUACAGAAGAAAAAUUCUGUGAAUCAACAUUACAGUCUCGUCCAGUUAAAAAGUAUUCAAAAUUGGUAGAACUUGCUCAAGACAUAAACAGUUGGGAUGAUGAUUAUUCGCAUCAUCAAACAAAGAGCAAUAAGUCACCAAUGAAAGCUAAUUCGGUUUCUAGUAAAUCCAGUACAUCAUCUCCAGCAAAAACUCACUCGACUGUAUCAACUCCUGAUAAACUUCGUAGCGCAAUCACUUCAUCGCCAGUACGAAAAGAAUCAUUGCUAAAAUCAGUAACUGACAAGUCUAAUAAUUCACCCAAAAAGCUUGUUUGGGACAAAAAAGUCAUGGAUUCAUUGGAGGCACAAGGUUUUGCUCGUCGUGAAUCUACAACUCCCAAACUUGUUUACGAUUACUCAAAAAGUCAACCAUCAACAUCUACAGCAUCGCCUAAAAAAUCAUUCAUUAAGCCAUCUGAUAAAGUUUCAAACAAUUCGCCUGUUAAGAAAUUUCCAGUAAACUCGCCAGCUAAAAAGGAAGUUCCUAAACCUCCACCUAUGAGCAUGCCAGCACCAAAACCAGUGCAAUCUACUUCCUCUCAAUCGUCAAACAAGUCUAUUGAGCAAAGAAGUGUCAGAUUUACAAACAAUUUUGUCAAGAAUCAAAAAGAUCCAGCAGAAAUGAGUUUGAAGGAACGAAUGGCAAUAUUUGAAAAGAAUAAAGGCAAAGCACCUGUUCCCAGAAGUCAAUUUGGGAUCACUGAUGCAAAUCCUAUUCGCACAAACAUGCCAGAAUUAACGAAAAAGUAUGAUUUUGGCUUUAAAAGUAGUCCUGGAAAGUCUGUAGCAUGUGGAAAUCUUACAAGCGAUACUGUUAAUAAGGAAAGUGUCAUUGAUAAAGCAACGAUUAAUAUCAAAUCUGCUGUUAAUAAGCUGUUGGCUGAAAAGGAAAAGACAAUAUCUGAAAAGCAGAUUAGCGAUGAGAUAAGAAAGCAACGUGAAGAAGACAUGAAAUGCAUUAUGAAUCGUUAUAGUAUGAAGGAUCAAGAUAUGACUAAUGAAUCAGAUGGCAAUGAGAUUAUGUAUGAAGAAAAAAGUGAGCGUAAAAGAAGAAGCAGCAGUUCUGAAAAAACUCCAAUCGAACAUAUUACAACACAGACAUCAAUUGAUGAUAAGAAACGUGCCAGAAUAUCAAAUCCACAAAGAUUAUAUCCAGUUUUAUCAGACAUAGAAUCUACAACAGAUUCAGAAGUUGAUAAUUAUACAACAGCAACUGUAUCAUGUACUGAGGAUAAUAGUGAGAAUAAUCAUUAUGCUGAAAGUUCUCAAAGAGCAACAAGUAAUGAGCCAGAUAUGUCUAGUGAAGAUGAAAGUGAAAACUUAAAUUUGAGCAUUGGACGUGAACUUUUGAAUAAAGUCCGUAAAAGUACUGAUUUGGGAAGUCAAAGCUAUUUGGAAAGUACUGUCAGUUCAACAGACGUUAGUGAUGCAAUGCAUGAUAUGGAUGACUACUUAAAUGAAGCGUUAGACGAUUCAAAAGAUUAUGAUGAUAAAGGAAGUGCCUGUUCAGAUAGUUUUGAGUAUGAACGAUACCCAAAACGAGUAAGCUUCAGGGAAAUGUCUAAAGACACUGAAAUUCCAGUCAAGUCAAAAGUUGAAAUUAGUCCAGCAAGACAUGGUGAUGAUUCAAUUACUUUGGUACAUACAGUAAGUUUCUAUCGUCGACAGCAAACAGCUAGUGCUAGUAACACACCAAUCAAAAAGAUUGUCCAUAAAACUGAGGAAAUGGAUAAGAAUGAGACAAUAAGAACUCAAACAGCACGAAAAGCUAAAGAGGAGUGUGAAAAUAAGAUUCAGCGUUUACUCGAUGAAGUCAUGAGACAACAGACAAUCAUCUCUCAAACUUCACAAGCUUUAAAUCUCUGUGCAUCAACUGUAGAAUUUUCUGGCUCAACAGAAGCUGUUGAAGGUGAACGUCAUUUACUAGUUGCUACUCAUCGUCGCUUAGCUUGCUUAAAUGAAGUUCAACGGUUGAAAGUUGAAGGACAUGUCGAUAGAUUUGGUGCUGCGAAAGAAAAAGGAACAUUGACAAUUUCAGAGAUAAUAAUUCCAUUGAAACAGACGUACAUUAAUCGAUUGGCAACAGACGAAAUUAAUGGUCAUCACUUGUUGUGCUUAGUUAAAUAUAACGAAUAUGUACUUGCAUCAAAAACCCUCCCUACAUUGCCUGGACUUAAAAGCGUCAAAUUUACUGACAACUUGACAUUCAACGAAGUUUAUGCUGACUUUAAGAUUACUCUCGAAAUUUAUGGAAUGACUGCUCAACGCGAAAUUCUUCCACAUGACAUUAAAUAUCACAUCCAAACACCAAACAAGAAAAAGUUCAAGUCACGUUUGCAAGAAUCAAAUCUCGCUCGUCUACCAAUUCAAUCACCUGGUGGUCCAAAUGCUGUUAGAACUCCAGCACUCGUACAAUAUGGCUACAUAAUAUUCUCACUUCGUGAAAUUAAGCAGAAAUCUUGGGUUAUAAAUGAAACUGCUGCUGGCGUUAGUCCAUUGAAUGGAAAUGUAUACUUGAAAAUUGAUUCAAAAAUAACAGUCGAUGUUAAUCAUUGUGGCUUCUUGACGAUGUUUGAUGACAUUUCUGGAUUUGGAGCAUGGCAUCGUCGCUGGUGUCGAUUGAGUGGAAAUACACUAUUUUAUUGGAAAUAUCCUGAAGACGAGAAACGCAAGGAAGCAUUAGGACAAGUAGAUUUGACAUCUAUAAGUACAGAACGUGCUGAUCAAGCACCAAGGACUAUUUGCUCUCGUCUACAUACAAUCUUAUUAGAAUCAAAACGUGAACGAAGAUCAGAUGACGUAGAAACAUUAGUUUGUGUGCCAAAAGAAAAUUACACGCUAGCCAGGCAUUUAUUGGCUGCAGACACGAAGGAAGAACGUGAAGAAUGGUGUGAACAUUUAAACAAGUCAUUGUCACUUUUAAAAUCUUGGAGCAAUUCGAAACAUUAACCACAUUCAUUAAUCUUGCAUAUUUUUUCCUAUAUAUUUUAUACUUAGUUUGAAAUUUUUUUUUUUUUUUGAGUAUUACUUACUUAUUAAGAUUAAAAACGAUGCGUUUUUUAUGUAUGGAAAAUCAGACUUUCCACAAGUGAAGCAUAAAUGAUUUAUAUUUGAC